AUGGCUGUCUUCUUUCGGGGAGAGCUGGAGGCAGCAACGGGAGGAUUUGCCAAGGAAAAUUGCGCAGGAUCAGGAGGGUUCGGUAGCGUCUACAAGGCCGACCAACUGGAUGGGCUGGGAAACGGAGCGCCCAUGGCGAUCAAGAAGCUAGACUCUGGGAGCAUGCAAGGACAUGGAGAGUUUUUGCAGGAGCUCCAGGUCCUCGGCGGCUGUCGACACGAGCACCUGCUGCCUGUGAUCGGGUUCGCAUCUGAUUCGGCGAGUGCGUCGUCGGGUCAGAAGGAUCAGUCCGACUCGUCAGUCUGUCUCGUCAUGCCACUGAUGCAGGGCGGAAACCUGGAGGAUCGGCUCUUCUGCAACGAGGGCUCGGACAGCCGACUGAGUCUCCUCUGCCACCGCAAGCAGCUGGAGCCCUUGAAGUGGCAGGACCGCCUGCGAAUCAUUACAGGGUUGAUCCGGGCCCUGCUCUACCUGCACACCCCUGACACCUCCCGGUGUAAGCCUGUCAUCUUACACCGGGACAUCAAGCCAGCAAACAUUCUGCUUGACAAGAGGCUCAACGCUCGGCUGUCGGACGUCGGACUUGCCCAGCUGCUCAGCUCAAGGAGGAAGCAUGUCUCCAACUCCUUCGUUUGCGGCACCCAUGGGUACCUGGACCCUCACUACCUUCAGACUGGACACUUCGACGUUCAGUGCGAUGCAUAUGCGGUGGGAGUGACCAUGUUGAUGACAUUGACCUCUACGCCUGUUUAUUAUGAUGGGGAGACGAUCGUGGAUCGCUGCAUGGAUGCCGAAGUUCCCGAUAUAGUAGACGCGAAGGCUUGCUGGCCUAUGGAAGUCGCGGAGAAGUUUCAUGAGAUCUCCCUUGGGCUUCUCAAAUUUCCCCGCAGAGAGAGGAUUUCCUUGUCCGAUGCCUUAGGGUCUGCUUCCCCUUCCUUUCGCCGUGCUGCUGCUCAACUGUCUGCAGGAUGCUCGAAGGCGUCAUCAACCAGUUCUCUAUCCCCGUCUUCAUCGCCGAAAGCGGGCAGGACGAUUCCAACCGCUCUCAAGAGUGCGUCAUGUGUAUGUGCAGGCCUCGUCAGGUCCCUCUUCCGUCGGCUCUGCCGGGCCUGCCUCACUGACGCUCGCUGUCUCAGGUGCGCUUCAAGUGCAGUCACUGUAUGCUGUGCGAGGGCUGCCUCAAGUACUUCCUCUCCCGGGCUAGGCCGCUGUGCCCCUGCUGCGAGACGCUGGUGGACGAAGACUUGAUCGUCGCCCGCUACAUCCCUGUAAACCCAGAGCCCGCGGCCUCGAGCGGAGGCUUCGCUGCGAGGCUGCUGCACGCCAACAGGAUGUCUCGCUCUCUCCUGCGCGAAGUGUUUGACAUGCAGCACCUGCUGAGCCACCAGUGACGCCGAGCAGCAGGGGAGGAGGAGGAUGUGUAGCGGACCCGCCUAGUCCAAGUGUGAAACUCAGGCGUCCUGCGGGAGCGUCGCUGGGGAAGUACAAGUGGAUGGGGAGUGGAGUUGUAGUUGUUAUUCUAAUCGAGCUUGUGAUGAG